AUCUUGAAUCUCCUCUGCCAUCAAAAUGAAGCUUGCUAUUGUGAUUGCUGCUCUGCUCGGAGUCUUCCUAGCUCCAGUUUUUGCUAAUGAUAAUGUGAAUGAAAACAAUCAGGGAAAUGAUGGCGGAAACUCCCACCAGACUGUGAGCAUCAACAACGAUAAGCACGUGGCCAACAUUGACUCAAACAACGGCUGGAAUUCAUGGAACUCCGUCUGGGAUUAUGGCAAUGGUUACAUUGCAACCAGGAUACUUUCAAAGAAAGCCUGCAUCAUUGCUAAAAUGAACAAAAAUGUUAUGCCUGAUGUUGUACAGCUUCCGCAGCUGAUUAAAGAAAAGAAGGAAGCCGGCUCUCGAGGGCCUCCCCCAGUGGAACUGCAAUUCACCGUCUCAAAAACCACAGUCAGUGACCUGGCCCCGUAUGGAAAGUCUGUUGAAUUUAUGUGCAAAGGAAUUCCAACCUAUGUUGCUCAUGAAGCUCGUGGAGACAACCUUUUAUUUUAUUCUGGGCAAUGUUUCAAGACUAAUAUAAUGCACACGAUGACAUUAAACUAUUGCGAUGAAACUGCAUCUUUCAAAUAA